AUGAGAGGUUUCGAUCUUCUUCUCGGUUUCGGUCUUUUGGCAGUCACCUCAUUUCUUGGAGAAGCUCGUGCUGCAAAAUCAGGAAACUAUAUUGUGUACAUGGGAGGUUUACGUUCGCGAGACGACGACCCAAGAAAUGACCAUCAUGCUCAGCUUCUUACCUUGCUUAAAGCAAGGAAAAAGGAUUCUGUUCUACAAAUCUACAGAAAUGGUUUUUUGGGUUUCGCAGCUCGUUUAUCGGAAGCCGAAGCAAAAUCCAUGGAGGAAAGCCCUGGAGUGGUGUCUGUUUUCCCCGACCCAAUUUUACAACUCCACACGACUCGUUCAUGGGAUUUUCUCAAAUACCAAACCGCUUUAAAGACCGAUGCUAACAUCAUCUCCCAAGCCUCCUCAACUGACACUAUCAUUGGCAUCUUAGAUACAGGUAUUUGGCCGGAAUCCAAGAGUUUCACCGAUCAGGAUAUGAGCCCUGUCCCGUCACGUUGGAAGGGCACAUGCAUGGCCGGCGACAAUUUCACUUCGUCUACGUGCAACAGAAAAAUUAUCGGGGCAAGAUACUACACAGGCACAGGGUCGUCGAAAAGAACUCCCAUUCCCAUGGGGACCCCACGUGACGACGCGGGACAUGGCACCCACGUGGCUUCGACAGCGUCCGGAAGGUCUGUCUCCGGAGCUUCCUACUAUGGCCUCGCCAAUGGGACCGCUUUCGGUGGGUCCCCCGAGUCGAGGAUAGCCAUGUACCGCGUGUGCACGGCUAGUGGAGGUUGUCUCGGGUCCGCCAUUCUCAAGGGGUUCGACGAUGCUAUAGCGGACGGAGUUGAUGUGCUGUCGGUGUCCCUAGGGUCGUCUCCUGGGGAGCCUAACUUUGUGUCCGACCCUAUAGCUAUCGGCGCCUUCCACGCAGUUGAGAGAGGGAUUGCGGUUGUGUGCUCUGCGGGGAACAGUGGGCCCAUGCCGCAGAGUGUUGUUAAUGUCGCGCCGUGGAUAUUGACUGUGGCAGCCACGACAAUCGACCGUGAUUUCGAGACGGGGGUUGUCUUGGCUGGGGCCGGUUUUGUUAAGGGAGGAGGCAUCAAUUUUUCGGGUCUUGAUAAAUCGCCGGUUUAUCCAUUAGUGGACGGGAGUAGGGCGCGUUCGGCUUCCGGACGUGCUAGUGAUGCAAGCAAUUGUAUCCCAGGUUCAUUAGAUGGCAGCAAAGUGAAGGGGAAUAUUGUGUUCUGCAAAAACGAGGAUAGAAGCUAUGGAACGAAAAGCAAGUAUGAGUCGUUGAAAAGCCAAGGUGCGAUCGGGAUGAUCCUGACGGACAACAACCUGAGACAAGUUCCUUUCAAAUACGGGACUUCACCCAUUGCUAUUGUAAAUGAAAAAGAUGGAGAUCGAAUAUUAUCUUAUAUAAACUCAACGAGCAAUCCCAUGGCGACGAUUCUACCAACUGUGGUGACGCAAAAUUACAAGCCGGCUCCAGUUGUUGCCUACUUCUCGUCAAGAGGCCCUACCUAUGGUAUUAAUAACCUUCUCAAGCCUGAUAUUGCAGCACCAGGAGUAGCAAUUCUAGCUGCAUGGCCUUCGAACGACAAAAGAGAGGCUAUCGCGAAUAAGGAGCCACCGCUCUUCGACAUAUUGUCGGGCACAUCCAUGGCUUGCCCACAUGUUUCUGGACUAGUUGCAUUUGUUAAGUCUCAAUAUUCCACAUGGAGUCCUUCCGCUAUCCGAUCAGCCAUAAUGACAACAGCAAUCCAGGUGAACAAUCUACAUGCCCCAAUCACUACACAUACAGAAUCGCGAGCCACGCCUUAUGACACUGGAGCAGGGGAAAUCAGCCUAUCGGGCCCAUUGAAGCCCGGUCUCGUUUAUGAGACAAAUACCACAGACUACAUCCUGUUUCUUUGCAACUUUGGCUACGACGCAUCCCAAAUUAAAAGAAUAUCGUCAACAGUUUCGAAUAACUUUUCUUGCCCCAGUAACUCAGAUCCAGAUUUGAUCUCCGCCAUGAACUAUCCUUCAAUAGCCUUGUCCAACUUAAUACCGGACGAAAGCAGGACAGUGAACAGGACAGUGACUAAUGUCGGUGAAGAAGAGUCGACCUACACGGCCACCUUAAAAGCUCCUGCUGUCUUGCGAGUUGAAGUGAUUCCGAACAAACUCCAGUUCACAAAGAAUGUGAAGAAAUUAAGCUUUCAAGUGAAGUUCACGGUCACUGAACCUUCCCAGGAAGACUUGUUUGGAUCCCUUACAUGGUCGAGUGAGAAGUAUCGAGUACGUAGUCCUUUUGUUGUGAGCUUUGCAUAUGAAAAAAAGAUGUAA